CAUAGUCAGAACCACACAUCCCCAAUUUAGUCACAGCUCCGAGAGACGGGGUAUUUUGCAACUUGAUACUCUGUAGCAUUGCUCUGGAUUAGCCCAUCGACACCAGCAGCAACCAAGUGUCUUUCUCAGCUUCGCUCUGAAGAUUCGUAGCUAUGUCGGGCUAUACAGAUGACGCCAUCAAUGCGAAGCUCGCAUCCCUUAACGAGACAACGGAAUCAAUCGUUUCCGUUUCUCAGUGGAUAUUGUUCUAUAGGAAAAAUGCCGAACGUACAGCACAAGUUUGGACGCAGAAAAUCAACACAUGCCAUUCGAGCAAGAAGCUCCCCCUCAUCUAUGUUGCCAACGAGGUAGUUCAACAAUCCAGGAUCAAGAAGAAAGAAGAGUUCAUCAGAGCUUUCGAACCACUCAUCGCCGAAGCCACCGUCACCGCCUUCAAGACCGCUACCCCUUCCAGCGCACAAGAGAAGAUCCGCCGCGUGGUCGAUGUCUGGCGCGACCGCCAAAUCUUCAGGCCCGACAUUCUGCAACAAAUAGAUGCCGGUAUGGCGUCGCGUGCGCCCAGCCGUAAGCAGGCGCUUGGUGGAUCGUUGUAUGCGAAUGCUUCGGUACCGCCCGAGCUGGCGUCUGUUGCUCCACUCGCAACGACCCUGCAGAAAGCAGACAGCUCGACGAAACCCGCUGUCGACGAAGCGAACCGUGACUAUGAGAAGCUCACGAACCCGAACAACGCGAUUCCCACCCCGCCUGUCCAUGCUGCUGGACUCGCUACCCUCGUCAAGAAGCUAGCUACUGCGGAAGGGGCAGUCGCUGAAAGUAUCAAAGCCCGUCAAGCGCUCAUAUCCGGACUCGAGAAGCUCCUCGACACCAACAAGGCGAAACUGAGCGCAGAGGAAGCGCAGGUCGCCGAGCUCCGCGCAAGAAAAUCGGCCAUCGAAGGCCGCAAGCGGGAAGUCGAAGAGGCGAUCCUGAAGGGCCUCAGUGUCGAGGACCAGCACGCCAUAUCGGCUGCUCCCCUCUCUGUCUCGGGGGGGUUUGGCACGAAUGCCGAGUCUUCCCUUCAGCGUCCCAAUAUCGAGGCUCUGACCCCUCCACCAGUCGAGUCUUUUACUCCCGUUGGAUCCCCUCAGCCUUUCGUCCCCAACGAUGUUCUGCCCGAACCAGCCGCUGAGCCAAUAGAACCAAUCGCUGUCCCUGCCCCACCGGGGACAACAGCGACCUCAACGGCUCCUGUCACGGGAAUUGGGUCUCCAAAGCCGCCGCAGGAUGUUGACCUCUCCGCCAAGAUCACCCAAGCAACGCCCGCCGGGGAUGGGAUGAACGGCGCUGUGGAAUAUCACGAUCGGUCUGCGAAGAAGAGGAAGCUUAGCCGGAGCCUGGGUGAGGAUGAGAUGGCGGCAUUUGAGGGGGAUAACGAGAUUCAGGGCCUGGAUGAGCGCAUGGGCAGUCUUAUUUGAGUUGUUGCGGCGGAUCUUUAUACUUCGAAAUUUCAUUAUAGGGCCAGGCCGUUGUGGUUGAUGCACCUUCGAGCCCACAUUUAGCUGUGCCAGUUGGGUUAACAUUGG